GUUCUCCUACAGAAGAAAAGGAAAACGGGGAACUCACAGGGCAGAUUCCCUCUCUGUACACCUUUGGGUUUCAUGUUUGAUCAUUUUAUUUCUAAAACUCUAACUGGGAAUAAUGUUUUUCCAUUUUAUUCUUCUGGUUGCCUCCUCAGUCACUUUUCUGUGCACCCACUAUGUGUCCAGCUGUGGUUCUAGCUGCACAGAGUAUCCUGUGUUCACUCCAUCUGCACUGGUAGUGAAGUACGGUGACCCAGCCAAUGUUACAUGUGUUGCAUGUCAGAAGGACUGCAGUGGAGAUGCCUCAGGUUUGGAGCACGCUGUGGGAAAAGUUACACAAAAUGGAACCACGAUGUUGUGGACGGUUGACAGACUGAUUGAAUGGGGCAUAUCUGUCAUGUGCUAUCAUAACAAUGAUGCUGGUGAUCAGUGCUGCAGCACUCUGGAUCUAUCUAUCUAUCAGUCUCCAGAAAGUGUCUCCAUCAGCUUUGUAAACCACACUGAGAUGAUGUUUGAGAAUCAGCAGUACACCCUGCAGUGUAGCGUACAGAACGUAGCUCCUGUUCAAAGCCUCACUGUGACCUUCUACAGAGGAAACACAGCACUGGGUCACCUACAGUCCAACAGUGAACAGAAGAAACCAGUGAAUGAGACCUUCACUCUGAACAUCACCCCCAGAAGAGAAGAUAAUGGAGCCCAGUACUGGUGUGAAGCCAAGCUGGAGCUGGGACCAGCUGGACCACAGCCCCCUCCAGUGGUGACAUCAGAAAAACUAAAGCUUACACUCCAACCUUUCGGGGGAAGAAAUGGACAGGCAACAUGGAAGAGAGGCUCCAGCAGAAGAUUCAUUUUUCACUUCAUGUGUUUAAAGAUUCUGUUCUCUGCUUUGAUGUAAAUUCACGACAGAAUGUUGCACGGAGCAGUUACAUCAAAAAAAUCAUUUCCAGCUGUUUAAAAUGACUUUUUUUUUAGUUUUUAUUUUGAUGCUUGAGCCUGAGAGAGCUUUAGCCUUGGAGUGAAGAGUGUUUGAUGUUUGUGAGGACACAGAACAUCCUGGGAUCACUGACUGGUUAGAGUUGCUUUAGACCGGGGAUGUCAAGCUCAUUUUACAUUGUGGGCCACACAGAAGCUAAAGUGAAACUACAUGAUAAAUGUGUAAAAAAUAUAAAUGUGAUUAAUGAUAAAAGUUUUACCUCGACUUGUAAAAUAUAUAAAGUUUUGAUGCUAGGCAUCAUAGGGGUUAACCAGCGAAGAGCUAUGUAGUUGGUCACCAACGUAGCAGAAGCAGCGUCGAGGUGGCUGUGGA